UUUCGUGUGUAUCAUACAAAUCAGAUUUAGAAUAAUCAGUUGACAACGUUGCGUUAAUAAUGAUGAUGAUACAAUUAUUAUUCUUAGUUCCCUUAAUCGCUGUUGAUUAUGGCGCAUCAAUGAAAUUAGUAACGAGAAUUGUAGGAGGAAGAUGUGCCGAUCAAGGUGAAAUCCCAUACCAGGUUUCUCUGCAAAUGCAAAUUAAUGGAAUUGACCAACAUAUAUGCGGUGGAGUCAUACUUGACAAGAAUUACGUGCUAACCGCUGCUCACUGUGUAUCUCCUCCCAAUGGAAACGCUUCGGAUAUGUCGGUUGUUGCGGGAACAAUAGAUCUAAAAACACCUCUUUCAAGGCAUUUGAUUCAGUCCAUUUUCGUACACGAAGAGUACAUUCCCCCAUCUUUGAUCUAUGAUAUCGCUUUACUUAGGCUUCUAAGUCCAUUAAAAUUAUCUUCUCGAAUAUGUCCCGUCGAUUUACCGAAACAAAAUCAAGCUGUCAAGGCAGGCUCGAUAGCAGAAGUAUCGGGAUUCGGAAUAAUAACUGUUGAAGGAAAGGAGGGCGAAGAACGAUUAUACGUUGUAGACAAUAUCAUAACUAAUGAGACUUAUUGUGAAGAAACGUAUAAUAGAGUAGCAAAUUUAACCAUUGAACAUUCGCAAAUCUGCGCAAAUCAUCCAUUCGUUCAAAAGGGUGCAUGCAUGGGUGAUUCCGGUGGCCCUCUUACUAUCAAUGGACUACUCGUUGGACUCGUCUCGUUUGGGCUUGAGCGUUGCACUAGCUCAAAAUAUCCCGCCGUGUUUACACGCGUCUCGUCGUACAUCAAUUGGAUAAAUGAGCAAAUGGAAAAGAUUGAAACGGAAUGUAGUAAUUUGUUUUGAUACUUAAUGACAUGUAUAAGAAAAUUGAAAAUUGAUGUGUAUAAUUAAACGCUCAAAUGUGGAUGUCAUAUGCAAAUC